AUGACUUUGUUCCUUGUCUUCUUAAUUUGUAUAUCGCAUGUGGCUAAAUGCCUUCCUCUCAACUCUCCAUUGCUGGACUCGUACGACUACAUUGUUGUCGGCGGCGGUCCAAGUGGACUCACAGUCGCAAAUCGUCUCUCCGAGAACUCCGCCGUCAACGUGCUUCUGCUUGAAGCAGGUCCAGCUGACGACAAUGAGCCUUGGAUCCAAAUACCAUUCUUUGCGGGACAAGGAGUUGGUAGUUCCUUAGAUUGGAACCUCAUGACUGUGCCUCAGACGUACCUGGACGGUAGAGUUCGCGCACUGCCUCAAGGGAGAAACAGAGGCGGUAUUGGCGAUUAUGAUGACUGGGUCGCUCUCGGCAACCCUGGAUGGAGUUUCUGGGAUCUGCUUCCCUAUUUUUGCAAGAGCGAGACUUUCACGCCUCAUACACAGAGCGUCGAUGCUAAUGCCGUUGGCAUCAACCAGAAUCCACUUGUCCACGGCAACAGUGGGCCCGUCAACGUCAGCUUCUCGAACUACAUUUACAAUGAGACGGUCAACUUCUUUUCGGCACUUGAAGAGCUUCAGAUGCCAGUUUCCUACGAUCCGAAUGACGGUACGACAGCUGGUGCAUCCUUUCUGCCCUUGUCUCUCAACCCAACAAACCAGACAAGGUGCGAUGCUCGUUCAGCAUAUUUCGAGCCAUACGCUGCGAGGCCUAACCUUUGGAUUGCGACAAAUCAGUACGUUACCCGCAUCUUGUUCGAGGGAGGAUCUGGUGACCCAAAUACAACGAUACCUACUCCUGGCGAUGCGGGUACGGGCCAAGGCAGCUCAUUUUCAAGACCCGAUGGUCUAUUUCCCAACAUCACCCAGAACGCUGUCACCACCAAACAUCGAAGAUCGUGGCCUGGUCACCACAUCCUGAAGGCUAUCAUGGAUUGUAUCUUCCUGCAAAAACGAGAGCCAACCAACACACCUGUGACUUCUGUUGAGGGCCUCAUCAGAGCUAAUGGAGUUGAGUUCGCAUCGGGAGCGUCCAUUCCAAGAAAGAAUGUCACAGCCGUCAGAGAAGUCAUCACAGCUGCAGGAGCAAUACAUACUCCUCAACUUCUCAAGCUUUCUGGGCUCGGUCCCUCAAGCGAGCUACAGCCGCUCCAGAUACCUGUCUUGGUCGAUCUCCCAGGUGUUGGCAUGAACCUGCAGGAUCAUGUGCUAGUCGGAGUCUUUUACCCCUACCAGAAACCCACGUCUUUGACGAGUGUACAAAUUGCAAGCAACUACACACUGAUGAGCCAAUUCGGUGCCGUCUAUCAAGCAAACAGAACCGGACCUUGGACAGCUGGGCCUCCAGACGGAAACGCAUUUCCCUCCCUCUCAAUCUUGACCAACAGGUCCUUCUCGAUUGUUACCAAAGCCCAGACUCAGAAAGCGAUGGACUACCUACCAGAAGACGUCCAUCCGAACGUACUCGCAGGCUUUGAUGCCCAACGUCAGCUCUUGAUCAAAGCAUUGCAGGACCCAAGGAGAGCGGCGUAUGAGUUGCUGAAUUUCAACUACGGUGCCUUCUCGAACGUGAAUAUGAGGCCGUUCUCUCGUGGCUCUGUCAAACUGAACUCAUCACGUCCCUUCGAUCCUCCGCUCAUCGACCCCCGAUAUGGCUCCAAUCCAGUGGAUCUUGACGUCUUGCUGGCCUCGAUCGUGUACAACCGUCAAGUGCUCGCCACCACCUCAAUGAGGUCGCUGCAGCCCCUGCAACUCAACCCUACUCCGAAUGCUACCGACCAGGAAAUUUUGGAGUUCAUCAAGGCCAACCUGCAAACUGAGUUUCAUCCAAGUGGUAGUUGUGCCAUGUUACCUCUUGAUCUAGGAGGAGUUGUAGAUCCACAGCUGCUCGUAUAUGGGACUCAAAAUCUGAGAAUAGUUGACGCUUCGAUCAUGCCUGUCAUCCCGGCAAGUCAUCUCCAAGCUGUAGUAUACGGCAUUGCUGAGAAGGUUAGA